ACCAAUAUUUCCCAAUAGAUAAUAAUUUAGUAAACUAAUCGUGUCAUUAGUUAAGCAAUAAAUUUAAUUUCUAGUGUCAAAACCAAAGUUUCUAAGACUGACAUUUUAAAAAUUAACCUCAAAGUGACACUCGUGUUUUCUUCUUGAAAUGGCAAAGAGCAUUCGAAGCAAAUGGAGGCGAAAGUGCCGUGCGAUCAAGCGGGAACGUUAUGGCAAAAAAGAACUGGAGCGUUUGAAAAAAACUUUGGGGAUCAACGACAGUCAGUCUGAUAACAAGGAUGUAAAUAUGACAGAAAUUUCGGACGUAGUGAACGUCGUCGAACCCAAAUCUGUUAAAAAAAGUGCGGAAAAUGAGGAACAAAUGGAGACCGACUCAAAAAAGCGUGUCUUUAAUCCUAGGACUUUGAGGGAUCAACAUGGCGCAUACCCCGUAUGGCUGCACCCGAGGAAAACUGCCAGGAGUAAAUCCAAGAAGGGGAAGAGAGGGAAGAAGGGCAAACAUUGAUUGUUUCAAAUGUUACAGUUUAUUAUUAAAAAUAAAAAUGCUUUUUUGAGUCUUUA